AUGUCUGCGAAGAGUACCGCCGUGGACCACGUCACCAAGACGUCCAGCGACUACGAAGAUGGGCAUGCCGCUCAAGGAGAAUUCAGUUCCGUGAUCUCCGACGAAGACCGCUUCGGCUUCUCCGAAAAGCAGAAGAAGAGCAUCAUCCGACGGAUCGAUCUUCGAGUUGUCGGUCUCCUCGGCGCCAUGUACGCCACCUCUUCGGUCGAUAAUGCGACCAUUGGGCUGGUACUCAUCGCUGGAAUGGGAGCGGAUAUGAAACUCAACAGUACGCAAUAUAGUACCAUCACUUCGAUGUUCUAUGUGACGUUCCUCUUGUUCCAAUUACCGGCCGCCGUCAUCCUCCGCAAGGUCGGCCCAAAGAAGUUUCUUUGCACCAUCACGAUACUGUGGGGUCUGACUACGCUCGCCUGCGGCUUCGUACGAAACUGGUACGACCUCGUCGCUCUCCGCCUCGUCCUCGGAGUCUGGGAAGCCGGCAUGUUUCCAGCAGUAACCUACUUCCUCUCCCUCUGGUAUCCCCGAUACUCCAUGCAGAAGCGCUAUGCUCUCUGGCUUAUGCUUGGAAUCAUCCCCGCUGCCUUCUCUGGUAUCGUUUGCUACGGCAUCUCUCAUCUUGCCGGCAAGGGCGUCGGACCGAAAGCUUGGUCUCAGAACCAGACUGGGGACGGGAUCGCAGGCUGGCGAUACAUCUACUGGAUCUUCGGCGCCUGUACUCUCUGUGUCGGCAUCUUUUCGUUCUUCUUCAUCGUCGACUUUCCCGAGAAACUCGCCUUGGGCACCUCCAAGACCAAGCGUCCCUUCCUCUCGCAGGAAGAAGCUGCAUGGGCCGUGUCCCGUGUCGAAGCUGAUCGACACGAUGUCAUGCCGCCGGAGUUCCGAGUCUGGGAAUAUCUCGGCCAUUUGAAGGACGCCAAACUCUGGGCGAUGGCGCUGUGUUAUGGAUGUAACACUGUCGCUUUGCACGGGGUUGGAUUUGCGCUGCCUUACAUCCUCAGCGAGGGCAUGGGCUACGGCGUUGGUGAGGCGAUGGCCCUUUCCACGCCGCCAACGCUACUCGGCAGUAUCACCAUGGUCUUUGCGGCGUACUUUGCGGACAGGUUCCGGCGUCGUACGCCAUUCAUCUUGGUCGGUGCUUGUAUGGUGAUUGUUGGACUGAGUCUGAUCGGCUUCGUCGAGAUCGUCGGCUUGAGAUAUUUUGGCGUCUUCUUGUCCUUGUGCGGUGGACUGUCGAACACGCCAGCCAUUCUGGCUUGGCAGGCGAAUAAUAUUCGAGGUCAAUGGAAACGCGGAUUGUCGACUGCGCUGUUGUCCAUCUUCGCCUCAUUGGCGGGCCUGGUCGGAUCCUUCGUCUUCCGAGCCCAGGACAAACCGCAUUACUAUCCCGGCAUAAUAACUUGCAUUGGAGCUCAAACGAUCAUGAUCAUCAUUGUGUUAUCCUUGAACGUGGUUUUCAAGCGGGCGAACAAGAAGGCUGCGGCGACGGGCAUUCCAAUAGAGGGAUUGGAAGGGUUUCGGUACACAUCUUGA